AUGUCGGCAGAAAAAUUUCUUCAUUUUUUAGAUAAACAAGAAGAUGUUGAAAAUUAUUUAAAUCCAGAAGGAUUUCAACCUUUAUCAUUAAAUGAGAGUUACAACGAAACAUAUAAUGAAUUAAACAUGGGGUCGGAUGGUUUUCUCGAAUUUAAUAAAAUUAGCGAUCCUAUGGAAUUGUUAAAUGAAAAAUACGAUGCCAAAACAUUAAUAAACAAUGUAUAUUUUAAUAAAAAAGAUGACAAAAAUCCAACAGAAUUGUUUCAAACUCUUUUUAAUAAAUGGAUAAAUUUAACAAAAAAUAACAAUUUCGGAAUAUUGAUGGCCAGUCCAUACAAUAAAAUAGGAGGACACAUACAAGCAAUUGUUGUUGCUGUCGGGACAGGAAAAGGAGAGGAAGAAGAAAAAAUAAAAGCUAAACAAAUAUUUAAUGGAAAACCAAAUACAUUUUGUAGACCUCCAUUUAUGUACAAUUGUUCGGAUAAUUCUCUUUUCUGUUAUCUAUGCAAGGUAUUUUAA